AUGGCUAUGAUGAUGAACUCAAGAGACCAGGCAUUUGCACCCUCAACACCAGGGAGGACCAAUCCCUACAGCAGUUAUAGAACACCGGGCAAUACUGGAUCGGCAGAUAUGAUGAUGGGUCGCCAUAGUAUGGCCAGCGACAUGAAUCCUAGCUCUGCAGGUGCGGGUCACGUGAGCGGCGACGACUCGUCGUUAGAAGAGACUGUGUCGUCUAUGGUGUUUUCGAAGUUGGCGCCUGGAACUGAGGAUUCCGAAGAGGACUCGUACUCGUACUCGCUCUCUGGACGCCAGUCCAUCGCUAGUACUGGAGGUAUACACCAUGGCCAAAGCAGCAAUGGUUCUUCUGGUGAACCUCUCACCCGUGUAUCCAGUAACUCGUCGCUCGAGUCCAGCAUUGAGCAUGGUGUUCGCUAUAAAUUGACCAUGAAACUUUCUGCACGCGAUAUAAUGCUCAUCAGAGAGUCUUGGUCGAUUUUGCUAGACGACGAGUGUCAACCAGAGAAGCUCAAGAGCUUUAUCGCUAAACUGCAGACUGGUCGUACACUCGGAAUGGGUGAAAUGACCAAAAAAAAACCCAGAAGAACGAUGCAUCAAAGCAUGAGCGGGAUCAGCAGAAUGCAGCCAUCAAUCGCAGAGGCAACUAGUAAAUUACAAGGCCCUAGCUCGCAAAACAGUUCAUACGGACCAGACCGUGCACGGAACGGUAGUAAUAUCAAAAACUCGAACUCGCUUUUUGGUGACCAAUUUCUUGAAAAUAUUAUAGCGCUGGCGCCAGUUCUAGAAACGCUUUUCCCAAUGAUCAAACACAUCGCCGUUGGUGUGACCGGAAUGCUUACGAUUGCCGUCAACAAUCUCGAAGAUUUAUCCGUUCUAGAUACCUAUCUGGGGUCUCUCGGUAAACGGCACGCCCGUAUUAUCGGUGUUCAAGCAGAACAGUUUGAAUUCGCCGGUAUCGCUUUUAUCAAAACUGUUCGUGAAAGAUUCGGAGUACAUUGCACACACGAACUCGAAGAGACGUGGCGUCGCGUGUACUCUUUCUUGGCGAAUAGCUUGUUGCAGGCCGGAAUCGAUCCUGUCCUCGAAAGUAAGGCCCCUACACCCGUGGCGAGACGCCGCGAAGAGCAAGUUGUGGUAAUGCACGCUCCAGAACUAAUUCUAGACACUAAAAAUUACGGUCCCAAAUCUGAGCUUCCGCCUGCUCCACCUAGAUCAGGGCAGAAAUCGCUUCUGGAUCCUCUUUCCUUCAAAGAUACUAACAGACUUUCCACAACAGGUAUGGGCCACACUACUGUCAAACCACCUGCCACUAGGGUGCAACCUUCGUCCAAUUUUGCCUCGCGUAAAAAUAAUGAUAAGGACUGUGUGAUUAUGUAG